AUGUGCUCCAGACAGACCUCCGGAGGCUGCCAUGGAAUGUCCUCCCAGUCCAGUGGAUGCCACAGUGGAGGCUCUAGCUGCCAUGGGGGCAGCUCCUCCAGCCACCAGACACAGGGCUCCUCCUGCUGUGGGGGCUCAGGCUCAGGCAGCUACGGUGGGGGCAGCGGGGGCUCUGGCAAGAUCAUUGUCAGCUCUGGUGGUGGAGGAGGUGGAUCCUGCUGCAGUGGGGGCUCCUCAGGCUACGGCAUGGGAGGAGGAUACAGUGGUGGCAGUGGAGGAUCAGGACAGAAGAUCAUUAUUAGCUCAGGUGGUGGAGGUGGAGGUUCAUCUGGCUGCUGCAGUGGAGGAUCCAGUGGUGGAUCUUCAGGAGGCAAGGUCAUCAUUGGAGGUGGAAGCAGUGGAGGAUCAUCCGGAUGCUGUGGAAGUAGUGGAGGAUCCUCAGGCUAUGGCAUGGGAGGAGGAUCCGGUGGUGGGUCUUCAGGAUCAAAGAGCAUCAUUGGAGGUGGAGGUAGUGGAGGUUCCUCUGGAUGCUGCAGUGGAGGAUCCAGGUCUUCAGGAACAAAGAUCAUAAUUGGAGGUGGUAGCAGUGGAGGAUCCUCUGGAUGCUGCAGUGGAGGAUCCAGCUAUGGCAUGGGAGGAGGAUCUGGUGGUGGGUCUUCAGGAACAAAGAUCAUAAUCGGAGGCGGAAGUAGUGGAGGAUCCUCAGGCUAUGGCAUGGGAGGGGGAUCCUCAGGCUAUGGCAUGGGAGGAGGAUCCGGUGGUGGGUCUUCAGGAUCAAAGAGCAUCAUUGGAGGUGGAAGCAGUGGAGGAUCAUCCGGAUGCUGCAGUGGAGGAUCCAGCUAUGGCAUGGGGGGAGGAUACAGUGGUGGCAGUGGGGGAUCAGGCCAGAAGAUCAUUGUGAGCUCAGGUGGUGGAGGAGGUGGUUCAUCUGGAUGCUGCAGUGGAGGAUCCAGUGGUGGGUCUUCAGGAGGCAAGAUCAUAAUUGGAGGUGGAAGUAGUGGGGGAUCCUCUGGAUGCUGCAGUGGAGGAUCCAGUGGUGGUUCCUCAGGCCACAAAAUCAUCAUCAGCUCUGGAGGUGGCAGCGGAGGAUCCCACCAGUCUAUGCAGCAGAAAUGCCCUAUUGUCAUUCCCCACAUCGAGUCCCACCAGACCAAGCAGGUCUGUCACUGGCCCCCCAGCCACCAGAAGUAG